AUGAAAACUAAUAAAUCUAAUAUAAAAAAUCAAAUUCAAACUGUUAACUCUGGCUUAUAUUAUCAUUUUGGAAUAUCAAAUGGUUCAAUGUCAGUCUAUGAUCUAAGUGUUUUUGAGGAAGUUAUUAGACUAGUUGUGAGGAUUGACGGCUUACCACUUACAAAGAGUUCUUCUAGUACUUUCUGGUCAGUUUUAGCUUAUGCUCGUUAUCCUCUAAAUAAACCUAAUGUAUUUAUUAUUGGUCUUUAUUGGGGGAAAGAGAAACCUCAAUGCAGUAAUUUAUGCUUAAGAAGUAUGGUUGAUGAACUAAAAAGUUUAUCCUUAAAUGGUUUUAAAACAGAAUAUGGAGUAAAAUUUGUAGUAUUAGAUACAAUUUGUUGUGAUUUUCCUGCUCGUAGUUUUAUUUCACGCACUAAAAAUUUCAAUGGCUAUUUUUCAUGUUCAAGAUGUGUUGUUGAAGGGGAUCGUGUUAACAAUUCAACAUGCUUUUUGGGAACUAAUAAUUCUAAAAGAACACGUACUGAUUUUUUAAAUCGUAUUGAUGAUGAUCAUCACGUCACAAACGACAUUUCUGUUUACAGAAAUACCGCAUAUUAA